AUGGCCGACGGCGCAGCCGAUGAUGCAUCGCCGCCGAAGCGGCUCAAGAAACUGCCCUUCAAACCCACGGCGCUGCGCAAAACGUCGCUACCCAAGCUCGCCUCGAGCGACGACAACGACAAGCACGGCGGCGGCGGCGGCGGCGGCACCAACAAGGACGACGAUGACGGGCUCGCUCUCUUCCGCAGGGCCAAGGAGAUGGAGCCCAUCGUGACGGCGGAGCACGAGCGCAGGCUCAAGAAGAAGCAGCGCGAGGAGGAAAAGAAGAGGCGGGCAGCCAUCAAGCUGGGCAAGCGACCACUGCAAGAAGUGGCCAGCGACAACCAUCUUGACCACGUGCCUCACGACGAUGGCCAGGCUUGGGAUCACGGAAGCCAUUCGAGAGAGCCACUGUCGACGGCAGAAUCCGGUGACGGCCUCGGCCCCAGCUCAGGUGGUCUUGAAAAAUCCACGACCGUGGACAAGGACAUCUUCAGCGACCUGGUCACCCCUCCGGCCUCGAAGCGCUCUAGGAUCGAAUCUACUCCCACUAGAACCCCCAUUCCGACCUUUGAGGAGGCCGGGGAUGUUGCCGUCGACUCGCCAUCUACGCGCGUCCUCCGGUCAAACCGCAAGGCAGCAACGCCUAUCAAAAGCUCCCCUCAGAAGGCGGCCGCUCCCCGGACAAACGACAACGUCAUCGCCAUCGAGUCGGACUCGGACUCGGAAGCUGCUUUCGCGACACCCUCCAGACGUCGCCGUCGAAGCUCCAGCGGCGUGGUGGUGGUCGACGACUCCCCUGCGCUGCUGGCUCCCGACGAGGAGGACGCCGAGUUUGAAGAGUACGUGCGGAAAGCCGAGGCGCAACGCGCGCGUGACCAAGCCAUGCUGGACAGCGGCGCGGACACUGGCACGCCGCCCACCAAGGAUCAGGUCGAGAUCGUCGUCAUGUCCAAGGUGGCCAACACGGUCUCCUUUCGAGCCAGGGUCCUCUACACCAAACCGCUCAGGCUGGUGCGAGACACGUGGAUGGCCAUGCAGCGGCAGAAGGGGGUUAGCCUCCCUGUGCAAAACGCUGACGACAUUAUCCUCACCUGGCGGCGCAAGAGGGUCUACAUCACCUCGACGCUCCUCCACCUGGGCAUCCGGCCGCGCCACGGACGCGUCUGGGUGGACGGCAACGGCAGGGACGGCCUGAUGGACGACGGCACGCGGGUGCUUAUGGAGGCGUGGACGCCGGAGCUGUUCCAGGACAUGGAGCGCGAGGAGGAGCAUCGGCGCAGGCGCGAGGCUGGCGAGCUGUCCGACGACGAUGAGAUCGCUGACGAAGAGCCACCGGCGCCGGAGAUCAAGCUCAGGGUGAUACUCGUGGCCAAAGGCAUGGAGGAAGUCAAGCUGACGGUGCGGCCCGAGACGACGGUCGAGACGCUGGUAACGGGGUUCCGGACGCAGAGGGACGUGGGCUCGGACAAGGAGCUGCGCGUCAGGUUCGACGGCGAGUGGCUCGACGAGCACGUCACCAUGGAGGAGGCCGAUGUCGAUGACAUGAACAAGUUCGAGAUUCACUUCAAGUGA